AUGACCACAAUCGACUUCGCUGCCGCUCAGCAACGUGUAGCAGCGCGUCAAGAGCGCAGACUCGCCCAAUCCCGAGCCGAUGCAAGCUCUCGACAAGCCUCCCAUGCCUCAAGCGCAUUUAGUCGACUCCCCUUCCCCUUAGACUCAAUCGGAAAGCAAGCUUUACAAACAUGGGACCAGAUCAAGGGACGAGAAGGGACAAGACCUUACUUUCGUGUCGGUCAAGUCGACGCAGAACUUCUGGAUGAAGAGCUCCUUGAGUUGCUCAGGGGACAAGUUGGCGAAGGGUUGAAAUACUUUGGUACGCACAUUCGAGACGACUACUCCUCCGAGAUCCAGCUCGCUCUCCGCCUCAUUCUCUUCAAGCUCUCCAUCUGGGACCAUAAUGCCUCCUACGGAGCCUCUCUACAAAGUCUCCGCUACACGGAUGCGCGAAACUCAGGUCUUCUGCCAUUACCUCCAACAACAGCUCAAAAGCUUCUCUACGGCUUCUUCACGGUCGGUGGUCGCUACGGCUGGGAGAAAUGGGAAGAUUGGCUCCUGGACCGCGAAGACCGACCAUCCCAACCUACACGUCUGCUCUCAAGAUUAUCCGCACUCUUUUCAACCACGUACUCAGUAGCAGCUUUCGUCUCCUUUUUGUUCUUCCUCCUCAAUGGCCGCUACCGCACCCUUCUCGAUCGCAUCCUGCGCAUGCGUCUAGCACCGCCCACUCCGUAUCAGCUAAGGAGGGAUGUCUCUUUUGAGUAUCUCAACCGCCAACUCGUUUGGCACGCUUUUACCGAGUUCCUGCUCUUCUUGUUGCCGCUUGUUGGGAUCUCAAGAUGGCGAAGAUGGAUCUCGCGAUCAUGGCGGAAGACGAAACGGUUCGUGCAACAGAGCAGUAAGGGCGAGAAAGACGACGAAAUGGAGCAGAAAGGAGAAUUGGCUUUUCUUCCGGAGAGGACGUGCGCGAUCUGCUAUCAUGACCAGAACCCGAUGGUCAGCGCAGGAGACGAGGGCGCAGCUGUUGCCGCGGCUGUUGGACAAGGCGGUAUUGUGGGGGGCGCUCGGGCGGAUAUCACGAAUCCGUACGAGACCGUGCCCUGUGGAUGCAUCUAUUGCUACAUUUGUAUUGCCACGAAGCUAGAGGCGGAAGAGGGGGAAGGGUGGAUAUGUCUGAGGUGUGGAGAAUUGGUCAAAGAGUGUGAGCCUUGGAACGGUGACGUCCUGGAGGUGAGAGAAGAUGAAGAAGAGAGCUCGCCGCGCAAUGUUAUUCAGAUACAUGCAGAUGAGACGCUGGCUACCGAAGAGUCUGAUGAUGCGCGUGGGUUUUCAAAAGGAGAGUGGAAGCAGCAUGAAUCCGAUUCUGGGGUUGAUCUUGGGAGUGGCUGA